AUGUUGAAUAGAGGCAUUAGAAUUGUACGAGCGGGGUUGGAGGGCGGAAAGAUUGUCGGAACCUACGGCAAGCCUGCCCUUGAAAAGUCCGCUAACUUGACGGCUCAGGUUCGUAUACACCUUCUAUUUACCGAAAAGGCUCUAACAUCCAUCGCUGAAAUAUGGCAGGCAUCCAGCUGGGGCGCUCAAAACCCUAUUCUAGCCACCUGCGCGGUUGUCGGCACCACUGGUGCCGUUGUUCUCGCUGUCCCUGGUCUCGUAACAGCCCCAGUUCUAUCGAGUAUGGGAUUCACAAUAGGCGGCAUCCAGGCAGGUUCUGCAGCCGCUGCCGCUCAUAGUUGGAUCGGAAAUAUUGCACCCGGGAGUGCGAUGGCUGUAGGACAGAGUGCUGGUGCAGGAGGGAGUGGCCUUGUAGUUGUCAACGGGGCUGCCCAGUUGGGGGGUGCUGCGAUGACUGUGGGAAGUGCUAGCCUAGCGUGGGUCAAAGCUAAACUAUGA